GAGUGACGCGGGGCGGUCGUCGUAGCGUACUAUUCGUGUGUAGUGCGACCACGGUAGCGGUUAGUGGAGCAGUACGCCAUGCACACGCCAUCACGGUCGUCGUCGCCGCCGCCGCUGCCUCCGCCGCGAUCGUCUGCCGCGGAAUCGCAACUGCCAAACGUCGCUCUUGACCCUUUGUCGCGAUAAAAACGGAAAAUGUACGCCUCGUCGCCGUGCUAACCGCACCGUCGCGUCGUCUCGUCACCGUAGCACAUGAUUUCAUCGUCGCCGAGAAAAUAAUCCGUUCGUUUUUAACCGUGCACGAUCCGUCGUCGGUCAUCGCGCGCGGCCGAAACAACAACAAUAAUAAAACCUAAACGGUUAACAGUCAGUAGAGUCGUUUACAGGUUGUUUUUUGAUCGAUCGCGAACGUGUGCCCCGUUGUUUCGAAGCGCGUAGUGUCGUAGUGUCUCCAUCACCGUCGUCGUCGUGUUCCGAUGGCGGCUACCGAAUGGAUCACUGCUAUCGAUAAGAGGCCCGCCGACCGGAGCGCCAAGGACGUGGAGGCCAUCGCAUCGCGUCUCCGACGGGUUGACACUUUGAACCGUCUGCCCAAUAGCGUUCUGCAACAGUUGGCAUUGGUGGGCUACUACGAGGACUUGGAACGCGGCGUGAUGCUGUACAGACAAGGCGAAAUUGGAUCUAGCUGGUACGUCGUCUUAGGCGGUAGUUUAGAGGCGAGGCUUAUGCACACAUCUCAGACGUCAUCAACGAACGCAGAAAAGUCUGUUGUCACCCUGGACGUCGGUGCGACUUUUGGCGAAUCGAUUGUGCACGACCUCCCUAGAGAUAUGACCGUGUGCACGAAAACCACUUGCGAGCUACUCAGGAUACAGCAGAACGAUUUCAGAAAGAUUUGGGACAAGCACUCAAUUUUGAUGAAAGACUUAAUCGCUAACAAUAAACUAAAAAACGGGAUGGCCGUUGGAAGUCUGUCCAAAUGCCAAUCUCCUCCGCCGGUGUCAACGGUAAUACGUAGAACGGUUACCCCCGAUAACCCGGAUCCAGCAGAAGUCAUUACGGAGAAUCCCAGUAUGCCGAUGGCCAGGGCCGGUUGGGUGCUGCGCACGUUGUUGCUCAGCGACCAGAACACGGUGCUCAGGGACCGGAAGACCGGCGGCGGCAGGUCCGUGGUCCGGAGAUGCGCGUCCGGCAGUGAGUUGAUCGACUGGCUGAUGAAUCUGGUGUCCACGGACCACGACUCGUUCAGCCGGCACGAUGUGGUCGGCAUGUGGCAGGCGCUGCUCGAGGAGGGAGUCAUAUCGCACGCUACCGGCGAGCAUCCUUUCAAAGACAAGUGUUUGUUCUACAACUUUUGGCAAGACAGAGAGGGCGCUCUGAACACUCCGACCAUACAAGACGUGGCCGAAGCCGAAGAGCACCUAGACGAAGCGUUGCAAGAAUUAAUCCAGAGGGGCCCUGACGCCCAUUUGCGUAUGAUCCUACGAUCACCGAGCUCUGAAAGGACGCCUGAGGACUUGGAGCUGAUAUUCGAGGAGCUGUGCGAGCAAAGGGCUCUGGCUCACCUACCGAAUUCAGUGAAACGGGAACUCGCAUCCGUUGUAGUGUUCGAAGCCCAUUCAAAAGCCGGCCAUACGCUGUUCCGGCAAGGGGACGAAGGAAAAGCGUGGUACGUGAUUAUGCAAGGUGCAGUCAACGUAGAAACAUAUUCCAAAGGAAUUGUGGAAUCGCUGUACGACGGCGAAGACUUCGGUGGUUUGGCGUUGAUACACAACGUGCCUAGAUCGGCGACCAUCACCGUCAAAGAAGACAACACUCAUUUGUUACGAGUAGACAAAGACAGUUAUAAUAAAAUCGUCAGGGAUAUCGAAGCAAAUACGGUCAGGCUGAAAGAACUCGGCAGUGACGUAUUGAUACUAGAAAAGUCUCCUAGAUUACACAAAUACAUGAUUAUCGCUGGAACCCCGCAAAAAAUUCUAGAACAUCUAUUGGAACACAGGCUAAGUAGCACUAAUGUCGCCAGUUCUAGAAACGACCCGUGCUUAGAUGACUUCUUGUUAACGCAUAUAGUGUUCAUGCCCACCAGGACAUUAGUGUCAGAACUCAAUAAAUAUUAUCAUAUGGAAAACCCGGCGCAGGACCGAGAGUACACCAUCAACUGCAAAAGAAAAGUGGUGCAAUUCGUCUACCGAUGGGUGGUGACUAUACGGCAUCCGGUAUUCGAUGACGUCGUCUCCAUGUCGUUUCUUGAGGAAUUGGCCACUGACGUGGAAGCCGAUUGUCAACUGCUGGGUGGCAAGAGUCAAGCAUUGCAAGAGGAGGCUAGUCUUAUGCACCACAUCAUGUCUCGGCUCAGAAGGUACCAGGACGAGAGAUUAGAAACUUCAGGCUUAAAAUGGAAGUUACCGCCGGGUGGCCAACCGAUUUGCCUGUUCACCGCAGUCAGCAACCCGUCAAAAAACAGUAGACCAAUUAUUCGACCGAGCGAUGACAUUAUAUUCCGGGUUUACUGCGCCGAUCAUACGUUCUGCACGUUACGGUUGCCCGUGAACGCCACAGCGGAAACAAUCAAGGUAGGAGCUUACGAAAAGUGCAGCCUCCGUCAUCCCGUACAGGAUUUGAGGAUAGUGGAAGUGAAAUCCAACGGAGAAAGGGUACCGUUCAGAGACAGCGAGCAUUCGAUACCCACCACCGUGGCGCUCAACAGCUGUAUAUUUUUAACACCAAAAGACCACAUGGACGCACUGACGUGCGUGCCGGAACAAGAAAAAUCAGAAGGAGCGGAGAUAUCUGGAGAUUUCGAUUCGUUAAGUACCAAAGAACUGGCGUACCACAUGACGCUUUUCGAUUGGGAAUUGUUCUGGAACGUCCACGAGUACGAAUUGAUAUACCUGACGUUCGGCAGACAUCGAUUCCAACAAAUCACGGCUAAUUUAGACAUAUUUCUCAGACGAUUCAACGAAAUCCAAUAUUGGGUUAUUACCGAGAUAUGCAUGUCACAAAAUAUAUCUAAACGAACCAAUAUACUGAAGAAAAUGAUUAAAUUGGCCACAUACUGCAAGGAGUAUUACAAUUUCAACGCUUUCUUCGCCAUCCUAAUGGGGUUGAGCGACGUGGCCGUUAGCCGGCUGUCGACUACUUGGGACAAGCUGCCGUCGAAAUCCCGGAAACAAUUCACCGAAUACGAAGCGCUCAUCGACCCAAGUCGGAAUCAUAGGGCUUACCGGAUAACGGUGGGCAAAUUGCCUUCGCCCAUGAUACCGUUCAUGCCAUUGCUAAUUAAAGACAUGAAAUUCACUCACGACGGAAAUAAAACGCACGUGGACGGAUUGGUGAACUUCGAAAAAAUGCACAUGCUGGCGCAGACCAUGAGAACGCUCAGAUACUGCCGGGCCAGACACUUAGUAUUGGACCCACCGGUGUCGAAAAACGAAGCAGACGUCAAGUCGUACGUGAGUUGUUUGAGGUGCAUAAACAACGAGCGGACGCUGAUGAGCAUGUCGCAGAAGCUGGAGCCCAGGAGAACUUAGUGCCCAGGGACGGACAAUCGCGUCGUCAACACGUCACACCCACGUUUAAAAUUAUAUGUAGAAACGAUAUUCCGUUCGUACGACACGUGCAUGUAAAAAUAUUAUCGCGGUAUACGUUUCGAUCUUUUCAAUUUUUUUAUCCGAUUAUAAUAUCUCGCGUACCCAACGUCCGCGAGCGUCAGCUUAUACGCGAUUAAGCUGUACUUGUUCCGAUGAUAUUACGAUGUAACACCACCGGUUUUUUUCCCCUUGUUAAUAAGACGUGUUUUUAUACAGGGUAGGGAUGCGUCGCAGUAUUUUCUUUUGUUCUUCGUUUUUCUCCUGCUAGGUAAUGUUUAGGAAAUAUAAUAUAAGUUGUAAGACAAUCAGAGAACGAUGAUAAUCAAUAACCAGUGAAAAACAUUACAACGGUAACGCAGACGUACGUACGAGACGGUCUUGCUAAUCACAGCGCGUUACGAACGCGGGUUUUCAUCAGCAACUCGAGACAUGGACAUUUAUUGAUAUUUUAUUGUACAUAAUAUUAUUAUUGUUAAAACUAUACGCAUCACGGAAACACCAUAGGUUUUUAGAGCUUCAUAAACACAAUAAUUAUUAUAAUAUAAUUUUAGACUUACGGAAAGUGCGACGAAAGUAUUCAGUACAAAAAGCCGCGGCAAAGACAAGCCCAAUGAAUAUUUGACCGUCUUUUCGGUACAACGACACCCAAAAGUGAUAUUCAUAAAAGACGACGGACAAGCUCAUAACUGCAGCAGGAUAACAUUGCAUUUAUGUGUUCCCCGUCGCUCUAAUAUUGAUAAGCCGAUCGGCGGCGGUCGAUUUUGACUGAAUAUAUUUUCGCACUCCAAACAUUAUUAAAUUAAUUACAUAAUCUAAUAUAAUAUUAUGUAUGCAUUGCACAUGCCAAUGAUUAAAAUAAUAUAUAGUAUGUACUGUGUAUAUGACGUAUGUCAUUACGUAUAUUUUAAUUAGGUACCUAUAAAAUAUACACAGUACGCAUAAGCUAUUUAAUAUUAUUAUG